CAGCUCUUUAUUUCUGUGAUUAUAUCACUUUCCCUCAAGCUGGAGUGUAUACGUAGUGUGUGCAUAUGUUGUUGCAAAUAUAAUCAAUCUUCGUCCUCCUAGUGACUUGGUGAAUAUGUCGGGCAACUAUUCAUUAAAGUAGACAAAUCUAGUGGUGAUGUAUAUAAACUCCAGUUUUUCCCUUGGGAAAUGACAAUUCGCCUCAAUAUAUUUAUUUGUUUCAUAAAAGGAAGGGAGCCAAAGCAUUAUUAUUCUCAAUUUAUUGUUACUAUUUUAGAUUUUAUUUGUUUAUUUGGAACUUGUUUUUUGAAUGCAGGUGGUUAUAUUUUGUUUUUCUAAGAAUCGCUGUGAUAAAUCAGCUGAUAGUUUGACUAGAACUGACUUAACUAGUAGCUCAGAGAAAAGUGAGAUCCGACUUUUCUGUGACAAAGCAUUUUCGCGACUGAAGGGAUCUGACAAAUAUUUACCACAGGUUGUUCGAGUACAGAAUCUUCUUCGCAGAGGUAUUGGUGUACAUCAUGCUGGCCUUCUUCCAAUUGUAAAGGAAGUUGUUGAAAUGCUCUUUUGCCGAGGGGUUAUCAAGGUCUUGUUUUCAACUGAGACAUUUGCAAUGGGGGUCAAUGCACCUGCUAGAACAGUAGUUUUUGAUUCUCUAAGGAAGUUUGAUGGCAAGGAAUUUAGGCAGCUACUAUCAGGAGAAUAUACUCAAAUGGCUGGUCGUGCUGGCAGAAGAGGACUUGACAAGAUUGGUACAGUUAUUCUGAUAUGUCGUGAUGAACUCCCAGAAGAGAGUGAUUUAAAGCGUGUUAUUGUUGGAAGUGCAACCCGACUUGAAUCUCAAUUUCGGCUAACCUAUAUUAUGAUUCUACAUCUUCUUCGGGUUGAGGAAUUAAAGGUGCACAUGACAAUCCAAGUCUUCUAUUUAAAAUGUUAUAAUAAUGGUGGUGAAGAUACUAUAAUUAGUAGUGUCACAAUAAUUGAUUGGAUGUGCAACUUGGGGACAAUUCAAAUUCCUUAACAAUUUGAGAUAGAU